AAACUGUCAUUUGUCAUACAACCAUUUUGUGGGCAAUUUAAAUUUUUUACAUGACAGUUUAAAUUUAUUUACGUUCAAGAAGCACAAAAUUUUUUUAAAGUGAUCAAAUUUUUGUUAUUCUGGUUAAAAAAUGGACGGAGAAAAUAAAAAGUAUCAAUUAGACAAACGAACUCUUUGUAAGUACGGUGCUAAAUGCUAUCAAAAGAAUCCUGCACACUUAAAGAAAUAUAAACAUCCCAUAAAGAGAAAGAUGGUGAAUUCUCCGGAUCGAUCUACGAAGAAGUUUAAAACUGAAGAUAAAGUAGCGGCAAUUAAAGAUGAAUCAGAAUCCGAGGAUAUUUCAAUUCAAGACGAUUCCGACAGUUCAAUAUAUUCCGAUACAAAUAUAAAAGUUAAUAAUGAUGUAUCCGAUUCUGACAGUGAAAGUUCGUGUAGUAAUUUAAGCAGUUUUGAUGGAAAUAAUUCAUUUAAAGAUAUAUUAGACAAGUUAGAUAAUGCCAGUAGUACGAAUACAAUAAAAAGCGACAUUUCCCAAAAGAAUGAAGAAUCUAAUCGAGAACAAUGGUCGAUUUUCAUCAAGGAGAAGUUUUUAGUUUCCAUGCCUGAUGAUUUUUACCAAUUUUGGGAUCUUUGUGAAAAACUCAAGCCAUCAAAUCCUUUGGAAGCUUUUAAAGAAGUUGGACUUUAUUUAGUAGGACCGUAUGAUGUACUUGCAGGGAAGUUUUUGAAUGUAAAAAAGUCAGAAAACGAAUAUCUAAUUCAUUGGAGGUAUUAUAGGGAUCCACCUGAACUUCAAACUGUCCUAAGAACUGACGAUAUUUCUGGUUAUCAUAUUGGAUAUUUUAGAGACGAUCCAGAUAAAUUACCGGUACUUUUAGUAUCUAAUUCUCCCAAAAAGAACGGUAUCUUAACACCUAUGGGGGGAAAUAUAUUUUCGGCAGUUAAUAUAUUUUUAGAGGACCUCAAGAAGACUGGUAAUCCUUUUAGGAAAAUGUUGAUAGGAAAACUACAAUCAAAGUUAAUUGAAGAAGCAGGAAAACUUGGUAUCGAUAUGGCGAGUAAAACCAAAGAAAUGAUCGCUAGAGAAAAGAAAAUAGUUACAAGAACCUUCAAUAAAAUCGGUCUUUGUGUACCUUAUGAUAAAAAGACUCAAAUAGGAUACAGGGAAUUGGCUUUAAGUAACAAAGUUUUAGAAGUGAAUCUGACUAAACUGCAAAACUCUAAAACCCAAGAAGAUAAACAGAAAUGUCUCUCGGAACUCCAACCAGUUUUUACUUAUACAAGUAUUGCAACGGAUGAAUGCGAUUUUGGUACAGGAAUAGAACUCGGUUGGAACAUUAUUAGCCACGGUAUUGAUAGUUUGAAUCCUACUGUAGAGCGGUUUUUGGCAACUAAUUACAGGUUAUUGAAUAUGGAAGCUUUUGCUAAAAUUGCACAAGCUCAUAUGAAGAAUAGAAAGCGGGGCUUGGAUUUAAGUGUAUUAUGAAACGAAUUUUUAUACUGAAUUUUCGAUUUCUUACUAUAAAAAGUAGUUUUCAGCAACCAGGAUUUUUUCAUGAAAUAUAUGGCAACGCUGCAUUGUUAAUAGGAAUAAUUAUAACCUCUUAGUUUUACGAAGGAGAGGGGGUACUAUGAACUUGUAGCAUAGAAAAGGUUGCUAAAUCUAAUAAAAUUUACGAUAAUUAUAUACUAUUGCAGUUUCAUCGUUUUAUGGAUUUAGAAAUUAGAAAAAUUGUCCGAUUUUAAAGAAUUUUGUUUUUAGAAAAAAAAAUAUGCACAUGAUUUUUGAUAUAUAAAUAUUCUGAUAACUUUUUGUAAAAGUAAUCAAAUAAACUUUUUUUGUACA